UAAAUGAUUUCCUCUAUGUUCAAAUAAAACGUGUUAAAAAAUACAGUUGUAGAUUUGUUUCAGGCUGAUACAAUGUAAGUAAGCAUCUCGAUCAGAAACGAGUUGUUAAUUAGUGAGUUAUUUUGGAGUGGGUGGGGUGUAUUGAAUUUCUGCUGUAGGACGCCAUGCAGUGUUAGUGAGCAGACACGGACUUUGUCUCAGUCACAGUGUAACUAACGCGGAAGUGAAGUGUAGCCGUUUUUCGUACACAUUUCUCUGUCGCUUUGGACUGCAGACACGAUGGCAGAGGAUAUGCAGACCAAGCUGAAGAAUUACAAGACAGCACCUUUUGAUGCCAGGUUUCCUAACCAAAAUCAAACCAGGAACUGCUUUCAAAAUUACUUGGACUUUCAUCGUUGUACUAAAGCACUAACUGCAAAAGGAGUUGAUACUUCUCCAUGUGAGUGGUAUCACAAGGUAUUUAAAUCAAUCUGCCCAAUCUCCUGGGUAAGCAAAUGGAAUGAUCAGCUGGCAGAAGGCACGUUCCCUGGAAAAAUCUAACUUGUGAUUGCAGCUUGAUUGAAACCCUUACAAUGUUUCCAAAGCUUACAGCUUUCACCAAAAUAAAUACUAAAUAUUAAACAGGUUAUUUUCUCA